AGUUUCGAGAGAGCAUUGCAUGUGAGCAGAUGCCGGGCGAUACGUACGUUUGUCGAUUUGCUAUAUAGAAGAGCAUAAUAUUUUUUUUUUUUUCCGAAGCUAUAAUAAAAUUGUGAGAGCAGCGUAACCUUCGCAUUGAAAAUUUUUUUCUAGCUUAUAUAGAUAGAAUGAUAUCGCUGUAAAAAAAUAAAAAAAAAAAAAAAAGUUAAACCGGUAUAUCAGCUGAAAUUAUUUUUUAUCAAAACGAACAAGAAAAAAAAAACCUUGUUUUCCUCUUAUUUGUCUAAAUGACAUUUAAAUAUUUUGGAGAAAUACCACACUUUUUUUUAUUUGCGGAAGCAUCUUUGUGUGUUGUCACUGUCUGUCAUGUCGGUAAGGAGAUUUUUGUUUAUCCAAUCUCUACCACGCAUAUGAAAUUGACAAUGUAAGAAAAAAAACAAAAAAACAAAAAAAACCUUAGCGUAUACAUUGGAAGAGGCCAUGUUUACACAUUAAGCACCGUUGUUUAUUUUGUGUUAAUUUCCGUUUCUGUACGUUGUCCGUUGACAAAAUAUACACCUUCAUUAUGCAUCACAUUGGGUCAACCGUUGUUUGAGGGUUGGUGUGGUGAAAAUUAAAAAAAAAAAAAAAAAAUUAACAGUAAAAAAAUGCCCGGAGCCGAAUACCGUUUUUGACGUUGACGUUUGUAAAACGCGCGCAUUCGACGCAUAAGACAACCAAUCAAUUUAAUUUUAGUACCAAAACUUGCUCCUUUUCCCCACACUCUCUCUUCCUGUCAUCCUUUUUGGCGAGAGGUGAGAAGAGGUGACUUCGUGUAGAGACGUUUUGACAAUAAACCCCCCCUGUUUUGCAAAAAAGUAGAAUAAAAUUAUUGUCAAGACAGUUUCUCGGUCAUCAGCGUAACGGUAGUUGUGUUUCCCGGUCAUGAAAUCCCUCCAGGAAAUGGGAAAGUAUUCUCCUUUUUUUGCCGUUUUUUUAAUUAGAGAAACAUAUGACAUAUAAAACGUCAAAAAAAAGAGAGAAAAAAAGGAAAUAUAUUUUGUGUGAGGUGAAUUUCUUUCUACAUAUUUCUGUGUGGGGGUGGUUGGUGUUGGUGGUGUGAUUAUAAUAAAUUACAAGCAUCUCAUAAGGUUCAAUUUAGAGUAAAAAAAAAAAAAAAUACGUAAAGAGAGAAAAGUGUUUACGCAACGAAAUGAUGGAAGAUAUUAUUUUGAAAAUAAAUUCCAAUAAUUGUUUGUGAAAAUGGCAUCCUUUGUGAAGUAAAAAAAAAAAAUAAGAUGAUUGUGGUGAAUUUCUCUUUUUUUGAUUUGGUAAAACUAAUUAUAACCACCAUCAAUUCAGGGAAUUGAGAAAUAAGAACCAUUAUCGUCUCUUUUAAGUUAUUUAAUAUUUGUCAAGGUAUACCUUUUUAUCUCGCAAAGUGUGGUGAAUAGUUUAUUCGAUUCGAUAGAUGAUGAUGUUAUAGGGUUUUUUUUUUUAUUUUUACGCGCCGCUAUUCGUUUCCCUUUUUUUAAUAGAAAAGUUGAUGUUUUAGUGAAAUAAUUGUGAUCCUUGAUAUCAUUUCUUCUCCUGUUUAUCUCCUUUUUUUUCUUCAUUAAAGAAGUGUGGUUAAUAUAAAGGAAAUUAUUUUUCUGAGUGUUUUUUUUUCUUUUUGUGUGUUCUGUGCGGGGGAGUAAUGAAUAAUAUAAAAAAAAAGUGUGGUGAAAAGGAAAUCACACUUUAAAUGUGUAUGCAUUUUUUUUUAUGUUUUCAGUGAAACUAUUUAAAGGAAUACCUGUACCUUUAUUAUUAAUUUAUUUUUGGCAAUAAUUUUAAUUUCAAUAAAUAAAUGGAUAACUUUACCUACAACGAAACAGGAUAAAAUGAAAGAUUCAAUUAGGCGGGAAUGAAACUCAUCUUCUGCAACAACAAAAAUAGACUUGAUACCAAACGAUGUCCUACUAUGAGAAAUCGAUUCAAAAGAAGAUGCUUUCCCAUUGUUAUCAUCUCAAAUUCACCAAUUGGAUUUGAUAGAGAAAAAUUAUAAAACGGAACUCCAACAAAAAUCCAUUGACAAAAGAAACCAGAAAACCAAACAAAAGAAAAAGAAGAAAAGAAAAAAAAAAAAUACCAAAAUACCCCCCAAAAAAAAAAAAAAAACAAAAGUCAAAACGGAAACAAAGGCAAAUAUACCAAAAAGUUCCCCCCUCACCCCCUCUCUGCACCUCAUUACCAUCAUUCUCCUGCUCAACUCAAACAUGCUCCUUAUAAGUGCUUUAGCUUUGGGGCUGGUCGAAACGACCAGUCCCAAUAUUGCCGGCAGUAGCACCCAUAUUGGUGGCUUUAAUGUUGCCAAUGGGGCCGGCACUGUCAGCAAUGGCGGCGGCGGCGGUGGCAUAGCGGACUCUGUGAUAGGUUCCAUUCCGACAUCGGCUCAUUCAUCGGGUACGUCGAUUGAGCAUGCGACGCCGAAUGGCGGCGGAUCAGCAAUACCAUGGGAUAACAAUGGAACCCUGCGGUCGGCCGGUCCCGGCGAUUGGUCCAUAGAACAAUGUCUACUUUGGCAGCGACCUCAUCAUUUAUAUUUCCAACUAGGCAAUGCUUUCUUCUUUAUGGCCUUUCUUGCACCGCACGGACCCUUCGGCAUGCUGUGGCUGCGUUCGGUCAUGGUUAUCGGUUGCAUACUGAUGGCGAUGUAUGGGUGGCUUAUAGAGUGCACACCGGAUGUGGUGCUGUGGGCGGGCCUGUUCCUAGGCGUUAAUUUAAUUUAUUUGAUAGUACUGCUGUGUCGGCUGCGACCGGUGCGGUUCGAGAAGGAGAUUGAAGCGGUGUAUGAAUCUCUCUUCAAGCCGUUGCGUGUGUCCAGGCAUCAGUUUAGAAAAAUAUUAAAUUGCAUGAAACUGAUACGAUCGCUCAAGUAUCAGGAGGUGUAUGCUCAAGAAAAAGUAACUAAAGUCGAUAGCUUAUCACUAGUGUUAUCCGGAAAAUUAGUCGUAUCACAAAAUCAAAGAGCUUUGCACAUAGUGUUUCCUCAUCAGUUCCUAGACUCACCCGAAUGGUUCGGGGUGUCAACGGACGACUAUUUUCAGGUGUCAAUUAUGGCCAUGGAGGAGUCUCGGGUGUUAAUCUGGCAUCGAGAUAAACUGAAACUUUCCAUUAUGGCUGAACCGUUCCUGCAAUCCGUAUUCGAUCACAUCCUUGGAAGAGAUGUUGUAAAAAAGCUGAUGCAAGUGACACAGGUUAGUGAAACAAUGGCCAGCAAUGGUUUCUUGCCAUCCGGCGGUUAUGAUGAUGCUGAAGAUAAGCCAAUGUUAGUUAUGAAAAAAGGUGCCGAAGGACAUGGGUUAACAGCUUUAAUCAACCGACAGCUGCAGGAAGAGCAUGCCCCUCUGCUUGGCCGUACAUAUCAAAAGCGAAUUCAAUUGGUGUCCUCUGCUGCUGCUGCUUCAGAUUCUACUUCGAGUAAAAAUAAUAAUGUAGCUUAUAGAGACCAAACGACAUCUCCCUGCUAACAUACUGAUACAUUUAAAGUUUUUAAAAAAAAAUUAAUUAUUAUAUUAUACUAUAAUCAAU